AUGAGUACCUCGACGACCGAGGUGAACGUGACGACGACCAUCACGCGGGCCACGUCCAAGGCCGAGCUGGUGGACGAGAACCCGGACCUGGCCGCCGAAUGCGUCCAGCAGUUCUGCUCCGACGGGAAGCCCGUCGACCCGCAGCCACUGCCGCAGCCGCUGCUCGCUAAUUACGGGACCAUGCUCACCAAGACGUGCCGCAAGCAGGAGCUCCUUCCGGGCCCGCCCACGGAGCGCGUGUUCGACCGCGACGAGUCCGGCUCGGUGACGGUGGACGUGCGCAAGACGCUGGACGAGGAGAACGUGGACAACGACAAGCUCUACCAGCACAAGCUCGAGGGCACCGAGGUUCGCAAGCUGGAGGAGAAGCAGGCCAUGAAGGAGGCCCUCCAGGAGGCCAACACCUUCGACAACAUCCUCCUGCACAAGACACUGGCCAAGGGACAGGUCACCAAGAAGCGGACGCUGGUCGAGACGGCGUCCGCCAAGCGCGUCACCACACGGCGCGAGAACGAGGCGGCAAACCUGGACCAAGUCGGCUGCACCAUCAAGCGCAACAUAGAGGAAGCCGGUAACGCCGAGGAGAAGGUCGAGAAGUCCGAGAAGCAGCUGGAGAACAUCGAGAAGGUCACCUGCACCAGCCACAAGCAGCCCUCGUGCCUGGCCGUGAACAGACCAACUCAAGCACCACCUGCGCAGUAA